AUGGCGGCCUUGAAAUUACUUUCACAUGCAGAGAAAGUCAUCUUCAAGAAUGUGGCAGCAGCCAGUAAAUUCGACUUUGCAAGACAUUCCCCCAGUAAGGUCUGUGGCUGUUACUUUUCCACUUCAAGUUCAAGGAGAUCCCAGUUCUACUCCAGCCCCGCGGAUGCGGUGAAGGAUAUUCCGAAUGGAGCCACUAUUCUGGUUGGAGGAUUCGGAUUAUGCGGUAUCCCAGAGAACCUGAUCAACAGUUUAUUGAAGACAGGUGUGAAAGGUCUUACUGCAGUCAGCAACAAUGCAGGGGUGGAUGACUUCGGCCUGGGCCUGCUCCUACAGACCAAACAGAUCAAAAGAAUGAUUUCCUCUUACGUGGGUGAGAAUGUGGAGUUUGAGAGACAGUACCUCGCUGGGGAACUGGAGGUGGAGCUCACCCCACAGGGCACCCUGGCAGAGCGGAUCAGGGCCGGGGGGGCAGGUGUGCCAGCCUUCUUCACCGCCACGGGUUACGGCACACUCAUCCAAGAGGGCGGCUCUCCCAUCAAAUACAACAAAGACGGAAGUAUCGCUAUUGCCAGCGAACCCCGAGAGGUUCGUGAGUUUAACGGUCGACACUUCAUCAUGGAGAAAGCCAUCACGGGAGAUUUUGCACUAGUCAAGGCCUGGAAAGCGGACCGAGCCGGCAACAUCAUUUUCAGGAAAACAGCACGAAACUUCAAUCAGCCAAUGUGCAAGGCAGCCAAGGUUACCAUAGUGGAGGUGGAGGAGAUUGUGGAUGUAGGGACGUUUGCGGCGGAGGACAUCCACAUCCCCAGUAUCUACGUCCACAGAGUGGUGAAGGGCGACAGCUAUGAGAAGCGGAUAGAGAGACGCACGGUCAGGAAAGGUCAGGCCGAGAAACCCAAGCCGAAGAAAGACUCGGACAUCGUGCGGGAGAGGAUCAUUCGCCGAGCCGCGCUCGAGUUUGAGGAUGGCAUGUACGCUAACUUAGGAAUCGGAAUCCCAAUGCUGGCCAGCAACUUCAUUAAACCUGAUAUCACCGUCCAUCUACAGAGUGAGAACGGCAUUCUGGGCCUGGGUCCUUACCCCACAGAGGAUGAAGUGGAUGCAGACCUCAUCAAUGCUGGCAAAGAGACAGUUACUGUUCUUCCUGCGGCUUCCUACUUCUCCAGUGAUGAUUCCUUUGCUAUGAUCAGAGGUGGCCACAUUAACCUCACAAUGCUGGGUGCGAUGCAGGUGUCCAAGCACGGAGAUCUGGCCAACUGGAUGAUUCCGGGCAAAAUGGUGAAAGGCAUGGGUGGAGCCAUGGACUUAGUGGCCAGUGCAGGAACCAAGGUGGUGGUUACAAUGGAGCAUUCUGCAAAGGGAGGCAAACACAAGAUUCUGGACAAGUGCAACCUUCCCCUGACAGGCAAACAGUGUGUGGAUCGCAUCAUCACAGAGAAGGCUGUUUUUGAUGUGGACAAGAGCAAAGGCUUGACUCUGAUCGAAAUAUGGGAGGGGCUUACACCAGAUGACAUAAAGAAAUGCACGGGCACAGACUUUGAGGUUUCUCCUGAUUUAAAACCAAUGCAGCAGAUUUAAACAUCGAGAAGAAGUUACUACUGACUGCAAAGGCUGGG